GUCAAUAAAUGUAAUGAAUGUUUAAUAAAGAAUUAUUUAAACCGUGCUUGUCCCAGCGACAAAACCAUGGCUCCGACUUUAUACAUGAUUCAAGCGAGCCCUCCAGUGCGAGCAGUUUUGAUUACGGCCAAAGCCAUCGGGCUUGAUUUGAACCAAAAAGACAUCAAUUUUUUUCAAGACGAACAUUUGAAACCACAUUUUCUUAAAUUGAACCCUCAACACACUAUCCCCACGUUGGAAGAUGAGGACGGUUUCGCAGUUUGGGACAGUCAUGCAAUUAUGACUUAUCUCGUUUCAAAAUAUGCAAAGGACGAUUCUGUUUAUCCACAAGAUAUUAAAAAGCGAGCGGUUGUAAACCAGCGACUGUUUUUUGAAUCCGGAGUAAUUUUUUUCCACAUGAGGAAUAUCGCUCGAUCGCUUCUUGUUCAUUGCCAAAACUUUAUUAACGAGGAUGAUAGGGAUGGUAUGAUUGAAGGUUUUGGUUUAUUGGAAAAGCUUCUAGAGGGGAAAAAAUGGGCUGCUGGUGAUUUUGUCAGUCUUGCUGAUUAUAGUUUAAUUUCGUCAGUUGGUACCGCUGUAACUAUUAUACCAGUAGACUCGGAGGAAUACCCUAAUUUGACUGCUUGGAUGAAAAGGUGUGAGGAAUUGCCAGAGUAUGCAGCCAAUGCCAAAGGCUUGAAAGAAGCCGCCGAAAUGCUUAAACUUAGACUAACCAGAAAGUGAAGUGUUAACAAUUAAUAAAAAUAUAUAAAUAAACAAACACAGUUUUA